AUGGCAACUGCGACUCAGUCCCAGGCACCUUCGCCAUGGCCCAAGCCCCGAGCCAUAACAAACAAGUCCGUCCUUGACCACUCAGACCUCUCCGAGGGAAAGGGAACCAACUCCAUCAACGUCUUUGGCCACUAUGCCUACCAGCAGAUGGGCUACAUGACUGCCGAGGAACUGCACGCGCUUCUGACCAGCGGGCGAUCCGGCCUCGUUGUCAAAGUCGUCGACUGCCAAGACAAAAUCAAGAUGACCAAGAAAAUCAUCAACGCCGUCGAGUUUGAUAUCAAGGACAAUGUGGACAGCUACAACGAGCCGGCGUUCAAAGCGCGUCGGGACAAUGCGCAAAAGUACCAAGCCGCAGAUCUGUUCCCCACGCGCGCGGAGAAGCUGCCCGAUGCCGUCGUCUUCGUCUGCGACAUGGGCAUGGCGCGAUCGCACAUCACCGCGUACUGGUACGCCAGGCACCUCAUACGGACUUUUAACCCGCCAGUAUCGGAGACGACGGGCCAGCUUGCUACCAAGACGAGAAUCUACGUGCUUGAGGGGGGGCUCAAGAGCGUCCAGGGCCUGAGCGCGGAGAAACAAAACGCGAUCCUGGUGGCUCCGACGGCUACCAGCACGACGAGACAGGUUGUCCCGAGCGGCCCAGCCAAAACGGAAUCCAGUGUGCGAGGUGUUAGGCCCAAAAAGUAG